AGUUCCCCCUUUCCAUGAUGCAUGACUAUUUCUCGCUACAUGCACGCACCUAAUGUCUAUUAUAAAAGAGCGUCGUUGCUUUCAGCUUCUCUCCUGGCAAGCGCGACCGUUCCCAAACUCCGUCACCUUCCUUGAAUCGUCAUCUUCCGAUACCGACAGUCUUUUCGCUGCGCUGACUGACUUUUGUAUACUCUCUUUCAUUGACCAAUGGCAAUCAUGAAAGCCUCUUUUUUCUUCCCAUUCCUCGCUGCUUCCUACGUCGCCGCGCACGGAUACGUGCAAAAGGUCACCAUCGACGGUACAGAGUACACCGGUCCCGCUGUUGAUUCUGGCAGUACCGAUGGAAUCACCCGUGAAGUCUCGACCCAGGAUCCCGUCAAGGGCGCGAGCAAUCCCGAUCUUACCUGCGGGUCAGGUGCCAUUGCAGCUAUCCAAGUCGCCGAUGCCAAUCCCGAAAGCUCCAUCUCGUUCUUGUGGACAGGCGCUAGCGGUUCCCCAUGGCCCCACAACGUCGGACCUAUGUUGACCUACAUGACCAAUUGCGGCGACCAGUCAUGCGCUGACUACAACACAACGGGCACAGAAUGGUUCAAGAUUGAAGAAGCUGGAAGGACCAAUGGCACAUGGGCACAAGCUGCUCUCAUGAAUGGUGUGCCCGCCCAAGUGACCCUUCCAAGUAAUCUCGCUGCCGGCAACUAUAUUAUCCGCCACGAGAUAAUCGCCCUUCAGCUCGCCCAGACAGAAGGAGGCGCAGAGUUCUAUCCUUCGUGCACCCAGCUCAAAGUUGGGGGUUCUGGCACCGGUGUUCCUUCCAGCAGUGAUCUCGUAAAAUUGCCUGGAGCCUACAGCGACACUGAUCCUGGUAUAUUGGUUGAUGUUUACACCAACCCAGAAGCCUCGUAUACUUUCCCUGGUCCUGCAGUCGUCGACCUUGGCGGUAGCGGCUCAAGUGCAUCCGCCUCUGCCGCUGCUUCUGCCUUUGCCCCUUUCACUACCUCUACCUCUUCCGCUACCUCUACCAGAAGUCAUUCGUCCAGUUCCGUACCUGCUUCUACCAGCACGUCUUCUGAUUCCCAGGGCAGCUGCAGACUGGAGAAGCAUAUAAUUACCAACGAUUCCCUCGCCAAGAGGGAAGCUGUCGUCAAGAGACCCUAUCAUGUAUCUAGAAUCAUGCGUGGUUUGGAUUUUUCUUUUCGCAGGCAUUAACACACUAGAGCAUAUUAUGCUCGCACGCUAGCUCGUGUUCUUUGACAUGCUAGUCCAUGUUUUAUUCCCUGCACGUUUGAUACCUUUUUAUUCUUUAUACCCUAGGCCCCUCAUCAUGACCUCUUACUCACAUUGGCUAUUUGGCACGCUCUUGUACUAUUAAAUUGCACGGUUGUAAACUAGACAUCGUAUGCGUUAUUGAU